AUGAGAUUAGUAUUGCUAUGGUUGACUUUUAUGAGAAGUUGUGGGAAGUCUUAUAACAGGAGCCACAUUGAUGCAACUAUUAUUGAUAGAGGUCCUAAGCUCAGUGAUAGUGAUUCUAUCAAUCCAAUAUUUGCAGUAACUGCAAAGGAAGUGAAAUCUACUAUGUUCUCAAUUAAUGGAGAGAAAGCCCCAAGGCCGGAUGGAUACUCAAGACUUUUCUUUCAUAGGAAUUGGUUUUUUAUUGGAGGUGAUGUCAUUAAAGCAGUUCAUGAGUUUUUUUUCACAAGAAAGCUUUUAAGUCAGGUGAAUGCUACUUCCCUUUCUAUAAUCCCUAAAAUUGCCUCCGCUAGCAGGAGAAGGAUUAUUGAUAAUGUGUUAUUGGCACAUGAGCAAGUGCAUAAUUAUCAUAACGAUAAGGGUAUGGCAAGUUGUGAUAUAAAAGUUGACCUUAGAAAAGCUUAUGAUACUAUUGAGUGGGAUUUUUUGGAAGAGAUCUUGCUGGGUCUUCUCUUUCCUAGGAGGUUUAUUGAUUGGAUUAUGAUAUUAGUUAAAACUCCUAUGUAUUUUGUCUCUAUCAAUGGCUCUCUUUAUGGUUAUUUCAAGGGAGGUGUGGGCUUAAGGCAUGGAGAUCCUCUCUCCCCCACCUUGUUUGUUAUUGUCAUGGAGUAUCUCUCUAGAUUCUUAGUUGGUGUUGGUAAUAUGAAUACAUUCAAAUUUCACAGAGGAUGCAAAUCUCUGAAAUUAAACCCCAUCUGUGCUUUGUUGAUGAUCUUUUCUUGUUUUGCAAUGGAGAUGUGA